CAACAUGCAUCUUUGGUUUGGUUUGAAAGUCGGAGGAGGUGUUGGAAGCACCAAUCAUUUUCAUUGUGGUGGUGUUUGAAUGCGUGUGAACAAUGUUGUGCUGUGAGUUCCUACUACUGGCUUAUGAGUACAAAAUCUGAUGUAGAGGUGUUAAAUAUCUGGACCUCAGCGUGUUUCGCUUGUUAUAUUGUCAACAGGCAUCCGGAUAAUCUGCAAAGGAAACUGAACUCUCACAAUGUGGGAUAAGGGAAUCCUGUGGGACGUGAGAACUUCAAUUAAAUGGACCAAAGCUGGAAGUGUGGUGUUGUAUCACAUUUAAUAACAUUAUUGGUCCUUUUCUCCUCAGUGAGACAUCAAAAUCAACAAAAUGGCAGAAGCAUUUCUACUUCAGCAAGGACACACAAGGGAAAAAUUGAUGGAAGAAGCCAUGCAUAUUCAAAGAAUCAUUCCAGAGAGAAAUAUUGAUGAGAUAUAUUCAUCACUUGAAACUUUCUUUGAUGACCCAAAGAGGGUACAGAGAGUUGUGCUCAAAUUUUUAGACCAUGUAAGGGAAGACAAAGACACUGCUGGUGAGGCCACUGAAGAGUUACCUAAGAGAGCUAGGAAAAGAAACUAUGAUGCUGAUCGUAAUCAACCAUCUACAUCAGGAAUUCCACCAAAAAAGCCUUCUAAAAUUCAUGUUAAGAGUGAUGCGAAUGAAGACAACAAGACUGAGAAUGUUGGUGUGUCAACACAUAGUGAUUCUCGUCCAGCAGAGAGUGACAAAGUUACCAUAGCAGAUGGGCUGGAUGUAGUUUUAGAUCAGUGUAAUUUGGUGAAUAGAAGUGAUUCAGUUAGUGAUGUUAGUUCAGAAAGUGACAAGUUUAAUGAAAUUAAGGAAUAUUUGUGGGAAAAUGAAGGAUUUGCAUUCUCAUCUGAAGAUGAACCUGAACUUUCUGAUCCAGAUGUGAUGGAUCCUAGUUCUGAACCAGUUAAGAAUGUCAAUGCAAGACAGAGGGAUGAAGUAAGUAAUGAACCAUCAACCUCUUUUUGGGAUCCUACAGUUCCAAGACAUACUGGAAAUGGAAAUCAUAAGAACAUACUUGACAGGAACCUUCCAGUUGAUUUGACGCUGCCUGGACCAUCUACUGCAAACUAUGAUGAUUUACUUGCUCCUCCUCAACUUGAUGACAGCGAUGUUGUAUGCAUUGACAUUAAUGGGGUGGAUGAUGAAAAGAAACAAGCAUAUUACAAUUCUCUCAUUGAAAUUUUCCCUGAUGCUCAGAAGGAUUUUCUGAGAGCCAUAUGCGAUAAAUGUUCACAAGAUGCCGACUGGUUAAGUAAUGCUAUAUCAGGUUUAUUGGAAAAUGGUUACCCAAAAGCUGCAGAUAGCAGUGAACAAGAAGGGGAGCAAACAGCAAACCAGAAACUUUCUGGAAGAACAGAAGAAGAAAAGAAAAUGAUAAUAGAUGAAAAUUAUACUAAUCUGCUUGCUAUAUUUCCAAAUGCUGAUCCAACUUAUAUAAGAGAGACUUGUGAACAGAUUGCAGAUGAUGAAGACGCAAUGAAAAAAUUUGUUAGUGACACUUUAGAAAGUGGCAAGUAUCCAACAUUAGCAGAGUAUGAGGAACGAAUGAAAGUAAUGGAAAUUAGAGAGAAGUAUCUCAAGAAUUUCAAAAUUGAAGAGUUUCUGGAAAUUUUUCCUGAUCCUUUUAAGUACUUCUUUGAAGAAAAAAAAAAUGAUGAAAAAGAGUCUGAGUUAAGUUUAAAUUACCUAAAAUCCCGUUACAGAAAAAUACGUAUAGUAGUUUUGCAAGAAUAUUUGAUGAAAAAUAAAUACAGUCUCACUAAAGCAUGUGCAGAGUUAGACAAAUGCCGAAAUUUUAUGAAAUCAAGGCGUGGUGAACAUGAAAUACAGUACAAUGAAAAAGACAUGAAGAAUAUUCCAUUUAUGCAGGAGGUAGCCUUUAUUGAAAACAAAGAAAAGAUAAAAAAAUAUCUAAAUGAAAAGGAAUUGAAGAGAGUUAAAUCAUUCAAAAAGGCUAAGGAAAAUAAUGAGUUGCUGGAGUGUGGUUGUUGCUAUGAUGAUGAAGUUCUAGCAGAGGACACUGUCACAUGUAUUGAAGGUCAUAUAUUCUGCAAAACCUGCUUGCAAAAAUAUGCUGAAACCCAAAUUGGAGAUGGAAAAACUAUCUUUACAUGUUUAAGCAAUUGUGAUGCAGAGUUCAGUCUCAAGAUGUUGCAGGGUGUUCUCAGACCUUCAGUUUUUUCAAAAAUGUUACAAAGGAAGCAAAUAGAAGAGGUUAAAUCAGCAGCUAUUCCUGGCUUAGAAGUAUGCCCAUUCUGUGAUUUUGCUUCCAUUCCUCCAGAAGAAGAUAAAAUAUUUCGCUGUCUAAAUCCUGAAUGCAUGAAAGAAUCUUGCAGGAAAUGUAAAGAGCUCAGUCACAUACCUCUGCGAUGUGAAGAAGUUGAGAAGCCUGAAGAAGUGAAGAUAAGAACUUACAUUGAAGACAGGAUGACACAGGCAUUAAUAAGAACAUGUUGGCGAUGUGAAAAAAAAUUUAUCAAGAUUGAUGGUUGCAAUAAGAUGACAUGCACCUGUGGGGCUCUAAUGUGCUACAUUUGCCGCAAACCUGUAAAAGAUUACACACAUUUCAAUGGAGAAGGCGGUACAGAGUACCAUAAGUGUCCACUGUUCAGUAAAAAUGAUGACCUACAUGUCAAGGCUGUGGAAGAAGAAGCAGCAAAGGCUAGAAAUGAGGCUCUAGCUAAGAAUCCCAAUAUACAAUUGAAACAUGAUCCAACACACAUACUUCCAGAACGGACUCAGCCAGAUGUUCCUGAUCGACAUAAUGUUCAUUUUGUGCCGUUUAAUGGAAGAUAUCCAGUUCAUGUGAAUUUACACUUGCCAGCAGGUGCAGCGGAAAUUUUGCCAGCCCGCCGUCACCACAAUGUACACCCUCCGCCAGGUGGUGCAGCAGAGCUGAAUUGGCUGAAUCCAGUAAUUGCUGUAGGUCAGCAACGUUUCAUGGUAGCCCAGGGGCCUCAUAUUGUGGUGGAAGGACCCAGACACGGUGCCAGGCUAAUAGUUCCCCCUGGAAUCGACAAUGGGCCAGAAGCACAAGGACAACAGGACAGGCCUGCUGUGAGGCUAAUAGUUCCCCCCAGAUUCGACAACGGGCCAGAAGCACAAGGACAACGGGACAGGCCUGUGGAACGGGUUCAGCUGGCCAGACCGGCAGUGGGACAGGGUCAGCAGGUCGUGGCAAUGGCGCAGGCGGUAGUGGCAGCAGCUGUGCACCAGCAGCACGCCAGGGUGAUAGAAUUGGUGCACGGUCAGCGGGCCAGGGCGGCAGAAGCGGCGCACGGUCAGCGGGCCAGGGCGGCAGAAGCGGCGCACGGUCAGCGGGCCAGGGCGGCAGAAGCGGCGCACGGUCAGCGGGCCAGGGCGGCAGAAGCGGCGCACGGUCAGCGGGCCAGGGCGGCAGAAGCGGCGCACGGUCAGCGGGCCAGGGCGGCAGAAGCGGCGCACGGUCAGCGGGCCAGGGCGGCAGAAGCGGCGCACGGUCAGCGGGCCAGGGCGGCAGAAGCGGCGCACGGUCAGCGGGCCAGGGCAGCAGAAGUGGCGCACGGUCAACGAGACAGGGUGGCAGAAGCGGCACACGGUCAGCGACCCAAAGGAGCAACACAGCGUCAUCAGGUUAGGCUGGUGGCAUCAGCAGGAGGGGCUCAGGCUCUGCAGGCCAGGCAAGGUGCUCAGGGACAGCAGGUGAGGUUGGCAGCAGCACAGGGACAGCAGGCAAUGCCAGCAGCAGCACAGGGACAGCAGGCAAUGCCAGCAGCAGCACAGGGACAGCAGGCAAUGCCAGCAGCAGCACACGGGCAGCAGGCAAUGCCAGCAGCAGCACAGGGGCAGCAGGCAAUGCCAACAGCAGCACAGGAGCAGCAGGCAAUGCCGGCGGCAGCACAGGGACAGCAGGCCCGACCUGUGGUGCCGCACCGUCUGGUUAGGCGAGCAGUGGAGGCUCAGAGAGGCAGUCCCGUGGCACACCUGCUGUUAGCAAGAGUUCAGCGGCAGCUGCCACCACCUGCAGAAGGUCAGCCUGCAGCUCAGCUGGAAGUUCCUCUAGUCAACCAUCCUCCACUGGCAGCUGAUGACUUUGUUGCCCAGUGGUUAGCUGCAAUUCCACCCGAGCUGGAAAUACCAGUCGCUCAGGAUCAACAAAGACCCCAGGAACCUUUGCCACAUUAGAGAGGACAAAUUGUCUUCUUAAAAAACUACAUUUUUAGUAUCUGAUAGGUGAAUAAUUUCAGACAAUUUGUGCCAAUUGUGUGUGAAGUUUUCAUCACAUGUUGUUGUUCAGAAUCCUAUUACUUUAUUAUCUGUGUCCCCCUAAAGGUUAUGUGCUGUAAACCUGGAAUAACAUCAUGUUAUUGGAUGAGAGUGUUACUGAAUAAACCAGUGUGUUACUUACCUAGUAUGUUUCCUAUGUGGAACCAGUGCAACCUAUACGGGCUGAAAUGGACCCGAGUCGACUGUAAAAAUAUUGUAUACCGUCAGUAGCAGCUGUUUACACAACCCAUUUAAGCACAAAAAUUUAACAUUUUUCUGUGAAUUCUCUCUCUACAUAUACAACAAAGAAUGUUAAAUUAUGUGCUGUGUGAUUGUCUCUCUCUCUCUCUCUCUCUCUCUCUAUCUAUCUCUAUCUGUGUGUGUGUGUGUGUGUGUGUGUGUGUGUGUGUGUGUGUGAGCUUAGCUGAAAGAGCUAAACACAUUAAUAUGUUUUUCUGAGAAUGUAUAAAAAUAUUGUAAAUCGGCAGGGGACUCUCAGUUUCUCGAAUAAAAAAAAAAAAAGCUUUGUGUCUCUUUUAAAUAAACAUCCUGUAAAGCUUUUAAUUUGUGACUUCACUGUUACCAAUUCAUAUAUAUGUAUAUCCCUUAUUAUUAAGUUGAAAGUCAAAAGAUACUGAGCAAAAGUCUAUAGAAAUCAUAUAUUAUGAUUUUGUAUAUAAUAUUCCAUAAUUUAAUGUGUAUUUGAAAAUGGUUCAUUCUGAAAUUUAAAUUGUCAUUUUAAGAAUGAUUUAGCAGAGUUAACUGGGGAUCCUCUGGUAUAUAUUUUUCAAAUGUAGCACAACAUGUGAAGGUGUCUUGCCAAAGAAAAACUUGUACAGUGUAUAUUUAAGGAAAAAAUACGCUUAGAUUGUAUUUUAUGUCCUGUGUAUGUGCGUGUGUGUGUCCCCCCCCCCCCCCCCUUAUCAAACUGUUACAGAGAGCAUAGACUGAUAAAAACAGGCUCCACGGUGUGCAAAAAUAGCCAGCUAGUUAUCACAACAAACGCUUCUUAAGAGUUGAAGACACCUCAAAACAGUACUCUGCAUAUUAUGCUGCAUAAUUUAUGUAACAUUCAUUCUAUCUUUUGGUGUGUUCUCUACUCAUGUGAAGCAAUUUUUAAUAUUCUGAACACUUUACAAUUUGUGGUCUAAAACCGAUACUGAGUAAAAAUGAUUCAGUGGUAAACUGUCAAUCCCGAGCAAGUAGAGGCCAGUUAAAUGAUAGUGUCUUGAUGAGACAGGAAAACACUGAAAUACACACACUCAGGAGGAACAAGGAAAUAAUGGGAGAUGUUUUUAAGCUUUGUUUCAUAGUGGUAAGAAAAUUUGAGGUGAUGACAUAUCACUCUCAAAUUCAGAGGUAGCUGUGCUAACAUAUGAAGCUGGUUGUAUUCAGAUACUUUGUAAUCUAUAGGCUGUAUACUGUUUCAGGGUUGUCAUAUACUUACCUUGUUUGUUUACAUCAUGGAAUCAUUUCUAUUUAUGUAACCUCUAUAUUUUCAUUAUACCAUAAAAGGCAAAGGCUAAUCAAUGGUUCUGACCAUUGUUGCAUGCAUUUGAAUCUGUUAAAUACUUUUUAUGGACUAUCAGUAGAAUCGAGGAUUUCAUAACUUUCUUUAAAAUCAUUAUAAUGACCUUACUGAGGGAUGUUGUUCUGUCAUCUAGUAGUAUGUGACACAACUACUGUGGUGGAACUUUGGCACAAGUAAAAGAAUUUUAAGAAUGAAGGUUUUAUAUUGAUCAGGAGAUUCCGUUGUUGUUGUAGAAGUGAGAUAGUGAUGAGACGUGUAAGCAAAAAACAUGGUGUCAGCAGCUGUGCUUGAAGUGAGUUACUACGUCGAAGCAAACACCAUUUGUCCUUUGUCUAACAUGGAAUUUGCACAUUAAAUGAUCAAUAAAAGUUUGCUUAGAGAGAAUGGGGAUUAAGCUGCAGAGGAAGAUAAAACAUAUGGCAAAUUUUAAUGUACUGACAUAACUAUCUCUAACCUACAGGGAAAAAAAGAAUGCAUUUACUGUGGAAGUCUAAAAACCAGGUCAUGGUUCUCCCUUUCCACUCACAUUCUUUUGCCACAAUCAUCUUGUCCCCUUCCAUCACUCCACUACCAAUUAUUUUUGUUCUACCCCAUUACAGUUUUGUAGCAGUUUUUGCUUUAAACUGUCAUUUACACAAGGAGCCUGACAGCUGAUUUUCUGCAUUUGCAGUAUUGUUUAUUUAUAUACUUAUUCAUUACUCCUAGUACUGUAGCAACAAAAUUACAACUAAGCCGUAGAGUGAGUACUGCAUAAGACAUUAUUUGGCAAUUUACACAUGUGUGUUUUGCAUGCACAGAGUGCAAUGGUACUUCAUCUGUUCCCCUCAUGAGUAUCCCUUCUGCUUUAUCUCUUCAGCACUGUAAAAGUGUGUGUUGUGCUUGUAUUAUUUCAUUUUGUAUAUGUUUAUGAGUUAGGACAUCCAAGUGUGUGAUUUUUAUAUUUCUGCUGUUGUAUUUAUUUAUAAGAGUUUUUAACAUAAUCUUUUAUAAUUUUAUACAUUAUUGUAAAUAAUCAUAUGGUUCCUUUUAAUUAUAUUCCAUAGUGUUAUAUCUCAAAAAUCAAUGUUGAGCAGUUUGAAUGUGAUGACAUUGAAUAUGAAUAUAUAUUGUUGUGAUUUUAUGACAGUAUUUUACACGAACUGAAAUUAUAGUUUUGUAUAUUCUUGUGUUAAAUUCUAU